CCUCCCCCCCACAGAUCCCGCACCCACCCAGGGCAAGAAGAAGCAAGCAGCACGAGCAGCACAUGUCACAGAGGGCCAGCGUCCCACACUCCUCCUGCAUAGCCUUCGCCCUCCAUUCCCACCUCCUCGUGUCCUCCGAGAUGUGCCCCAGCUCCUACUGGGAAUAGAAUAGCCUCGCCCAAAUCCGACACCUUUUUGGUUUUUGUUUCCUCUCUUCUUUAGGUUUUGUUUCUAGAUCUUUGCGGGUCUCGAAUUCGUCCAGGGAUUGUAGGAAGGAGGGAAAAGAUGGGCGUCAAGGGAUUCGUCGAGGGCGGCAUCGCCUCCAUCGUCGCCGGCUGCUCCACCCACCCGCUCGACCUCAUCAAGGUGCGGAUGCAGCUGCAGGGGGAGUCCUCCGCGGCGGCGGCGGCGCCCCAGCCCGCGCUCCGCCCGGCGCUCGCCUUCCAGGCCGGGGCGCACACCGUGACGCUCCCGCACGCGCCCGCGCCGGUGCCCAAGCCCGGCCCGAUUGGCAUCUGCACGCAGAUCCUGCGCGCCGAGGGCGCCGCCGGGCUCUUCUCCGGGAUCUCGGCCACCAUGCUGCGCCAGACGCUCUACUCCACCACGCGGAUGGGGCUCUACGACAUCCUCAAGAAGCGCUGGACCCAGGAGAACGGCGGCGUGCUGCCUCUGCACCUCAAGAUCGCCGCCGGCCUCAUCGCCGGCGGCGUCGGCGCCGCCGUCGGCAACCCGGCCGACCUGGCCAUGGUGCGGAUGCAGGCCGACGGCCGCCUCCCGCUCGCCGACCGCCGGAACUACCGCAGCGUCGGCGACGCCAUCGCCCGGAUGACGCGCGACGAGGGCGUGCGCAGCCUCUGGCGCGGCUCCGCGCUCACCGUCAACCGCGCCAUGAUCGUCACCGCCUCGCAGCUGGCCACCUACGACCAGGCCAAGGAGGCCAUCCUGGCCCGCCGCGGCCCGGCCGCCGACGGGCUGGGCACGCACGUGGCCGCCAGCUUCGCCGCGGGCAUCGUGGCCGCCGCCGCGUCCAACCCCGUCGACGUGGUCAAGACCAGGGUGAUGAACAUGAAGGUGGCCCCCGGCGCGCCCCCGCCGUACGCCGGGGCCCUGGACUGCGCGCUCAAGACGGUGCGGUCGGAGGGCGUGAUGGCGCUCUACAAGGGGUUCAUCCCCACGGUGUCGCGCCAGGGGCCCUUCACCGUCGUGCUCUUCGUCACCCUGGAGCAGGUGCGCAAGGUUUUCAAGGACGCCGAGUUCUGAUGCAGUGCAGACCACCCCGCGGCACCAUGAAUCCAUGAUGAUGAUGACGACAAGAAGCCGCCAUUGAUGCCGCUGCUGCUAAGAAUAACUAGUAGUACCGCUGGAGAGAUUCCUCCAGUUCCUGCCUCCCGUUGUAUUCGGAUGGAUUUGAUCGAUUUUGAAUGAAAUUCUCAUUUUUAAA